AUUUUGUGUGAGCGUUUAAAUGGAAGGGGAAGUUCAACUCUGACAAUUUCAAAUCUGUGAUUCUGUUAUCGGAAUAUAUACCAAACGUGACCUUGUAUUUCGUGAAUGUGUAUGUUAUCGUUUUGAUGCAUGGAUAUGUUCAAUCUUGAUCAAGCUGUAACGAAAUGGACAAGGAUGUCUUAAGACUCCGAUUUUAAAUUUUAGAACGUGUUUUGGGAAUCAUAGUAAAGAUUAAUUUCACUGCAUCAUGGCGGUCAACUGGGUUGGAAUAGCUGGUAUCGUGGUCUUCUACCUCCUCAUCCUCGCCAUCGGACUGUGGGCGUCCAAGAAAUCCAAGGGCGACUCUGAUCCCGACAGCGUGCUCGUAGCUAGCCGAGAUAUGAAUCUCUUCGUUGGAGUCUUGACGACUGCAGCUACCAUUGUAGGGGGUGCGUACAUCAACGGAGCAGCCGAGUCAGUGUUUGCAUACGGUCUCGUGUGGACGCAAGCACCUUGGGCGUAUGCCCUCUGUAUAUCACUGGGUGGGAUUUUGUUUGCCAAGAAUAUGAGAGCUAAAGGUUACCUGACCAUGCUCGAUCCAUUUCAAGAGAAAUACGGCAACAGAAUGGGAGGACUUCUCUUCAUUCCUGCCCUCUUCGGAGAGAUCCUUUGGUCAGCCGCCAUCUUGUCAGCUCUUGGAACAACGAUGAGUGUGAUCCUGGAUCUGAAUGUAACACUGUCUGUUAUCAUCUCGGCAGUCAUCGUCGCAUUCUACACUUUCUUCGGGGGUCUCUACUCUGUCGCUUACACGGACGUCGUGCAAUUGUUCUGCAUAUUCAUCGGUCUGUGGUUUUGUGUUCCUUUUGUGAUGACGUACGAGCACGCAGCACCCAUCACAUCCACAUCAAGAGAAUGGAUCGGAACUAUCAAACCAUCGGAUGCCGGUGUCUGGAUAGACUUCACCAUGCUCAUGUUACUGGGUGGGAUAACUUGGCAGGCGUACUUCCAGCGAGUGUUAGCAGCCAGGUCACCUGAAAAGGCUCAGAAGAUGUCAUACAUUGCUGGGUUCGUCGUACUCUUAAUGGCAGUCCCAAGCGUACUCAUCGGUGCUGUGGGAUACAGCACAGACUGGAACUCCACCGCUCUGGAUUUGAACAAGACCAAUCCUCAUGAGGAACCGGCCCUGAUCCUCCCCUUGGUGAUACAGUACCUGACUCCUACCUACGUAGCGUUCGUUGGCCUUGGAGCAUUGUCAGCAGCAGUCAUGUCCUCUGCAGAUUCCUCGGUCCUUGCAGCCAGUUCCAUGUUUGCUCAUAACAUAUGGGGAGGUCUCUUCCGGACCAAGGUAUCCAAACGGGAACUGGUAUGGGUUAUUCGAAUCUCAAUUGUGGUGACUACUGUAUUAGCUACCAUCAUAGCCCUAACUGUCCACUCCGUCUACUAUCUCUACGUACUCUGUUCGGAUCUCGUCUAUGUCAUCAUAUUUCCUCAACUCGUGUGCGUCUUGUACGUCAAGUUCUGCAACACGUACGGGUCACUUGCGGGUUUUAUCCUGGGUUUCAUUUUCCGAGUCGGAGGGGGAGAAGACGCUCUUCACAUUCCUGCUUUCAUCAAGUUCCCCUUCUACAGCGAAACAGACGGCCAACGUUUUCCAUUCCGGACUUUUACCGUCGCCACCUCUUUCGCCGUCAUCAUCGUCGUCUCGUAUGUCACCGACAUCGUCUUCAGGCGAGGUCAUCUUGGACCUCGAUGGGAUGUCUUCAAGUGCGUCACCAACGUCGAACCCUUGCCCAACGAGGUCAAGUACGAGGGCGAGACUGACGAAAUGCAAAUGAAGAGCGAACGAUCAGGAAAGGAACAAGUCGAAGAGGUGGACGAGAUAAAGAAACCACUUACUCAUAACAACGAGUCAGAAUACGUUGCCGGUGAUACGAGGAUAUGAAUUAGUGAUCGACUACGACGCUCUGUAGCUGCGCUUCCACUAUUAGCCUAUGACAAAAAAAACUGCUGACAAAGAGCCGGUGAAUGUACAUUUUAGGCACAAACUCUUUUUAUUUCCAUUUUUCAUUUAACUAAAUAUUUAUGAAUGCAAAUACGCACAAAGGCUGAGGUUUAAAGAAAUUCGAUAUAAUUGUUUUGUAAGACAGCUCAGCUUGCGGACACACCAUAGCAAGAAAUAAGGACAGAAUAUAUAACAACUGCGCAUGCCUAGUCGUAAAGUAUGAAUCUAAGAAUGGGCAGAUCUCGGAAGAUUUAAGAUCUACGCAUAUCCAGUCCAAUUGGGCGACUGAGCACGCAGAGAUCUCGAAUCUUCUGGGGUUUUGUUCCAUUUCUUCCUUCGCUUAUUCUAAAUCUUUGUUAUUAAUAAAAGUGCCGCCCCCCAAAAAUUAGAUUUGUCAAUUACCAUUUAAAGACAGAGUUGCAUUUUCCAAUACCUAUGGUAUUAUGACUAAUGCUUAUGGGCAUUAUUAUUUUUUGUUCGGUGAUUUAUUUGGACAUCACCCUUUUACUAUUAAGUGUUUAAUAUCAAGUCCUUGACCAUCAUUUGAGAUCACAGAAGAGGCCUAAAAUAUGAAAUGGGAACUGUAAAUAUCUCUUAGGAUUUCCAUGGGUGAAUCGUUAUGUACAUUAGCAGUUUUAUGAGUCAAGAAAAUAGAAUUAUGUAAUCAAUAUUGAAACAGAAUCUUCUAUUUUUAAGGAAAGUUGUUUGUGUGAGUUUUAUAUCUAGCCAUUCGGAAAUAAUUGAGCGUAAUUAGCAAUUCAUAAUAUUAGUAAGAUGCGAAACGAAAUUGGGCUCCAUAACUAUAAUGUUAUUGAGCUAUGUGAGCUCUUUGUGAAAAUAAACUGAGUUCCAAAAAAUUAUCAAACUUUUACAAGGGCACAGCACAAUUCCACUAGGUAAGAAAUGAACAAUAUUAAUACACAGGCUAGCUUCAAUAAUCUUUUCUAAACACACAUGAAUAAUUAAGAUAAUUGUUCAAUCACUGAGAG